AUGGCCAAAUCUCUUCCGAUUUGUGCCGACUUGGUCGAUUGCAAUUAUGCUGUCGCAGGACAUGACGGCACUCUUUCCGAUGUUGAUGGCGAAUUGUUCAUUAAACCUUGUACCGAUACCGAGGUCGCAUUUUAUAACGAGACCAUAGCAAACCACGAAGACUUUUACGAUUUUAUGCCAGAUUUUCUUGGAACUUUGCAAUUGGACGAGAAGCAGGAUAACACAGUUGAAGAGAAAGCGGCCGAGUUGAUUGCGCAGUAUUCAAAUCUUGAGGGCUUUUACCCAGGCAGAACUAAUGGCAAGAGAAUUUCGACCAAUCAAGCCGUCGUUCUCAUGAAUGCGUCGCACGGAUUUGUGAAGCCCAAUAUUCUCGAUGUCAAACUUGGUGUACGAUUAUGGGCAGAUGACGCGCAUCAAGAUAAGAAGACGAGAUUUGACAAAGUUACGGAACAGACCACACACAAAGAUUUCGGAUUUCGCAUCGCAGGUAUGAGAGUAUGGCAAGGACCGGAUGCCAAGGGCGACGAUAUAGACAAGGACGGCUAUAGAAUAUAUAAUAAAGACUACGGCAGGUUCGAGUUAAACAAUGGCAAUGUUCAUGAAGCAUUCAAGAACUUCAUCUUCACAAAAUCGGCUGGUAUCGACAACGAGUUGGGACAAUUAAUAUCUCAGGCUUUUCUCUCUGAUUUGAGAAGGAUACAAGAUGUGUUGGAAAGUCAGGAGAGCAGGAUGUACUCCGCUAGUCUUCUAUUCGUUUUUGAGGGUGAUGGGAAAGCAUUGCGCGCUGCAAUGGAAGAAUCUAGCCGGACACCUCCCCCCACCACGACCGAACAUGCUUCCUCAUCGUCGGGAGAGACCCAGUCAUCCUUUGAAGAGGAGGAAGAGGAUGAAGAUGACAUGGAAGAGGAAUCUUUCCCAAAAAUAUAUACUCUAAAGGUCAUAGAUUUUGCUCAUGCGCAAUGGACCCCUGGGCUAGGACCGGAUGAAAACUCUCUUGUAGGAGUACGUGGCGUAGGGAAAAUCCUGGAAGAGCUGGCGGAUUCAUGA